GCGUGCGACGUGAAGAUUGUCACUUCCAGCAAACAAAAAUAAACGUACAAACUUCUCGCCACCUGCUCACCGCUGCUGCUGAUUCGGACAUCGACAUGAAACUUGUUCUUUUGUGCCUUCUCGCAGUUUGCUGCUCUUCUUUGGCCAGUGCCGCCGACAUGACACUGGAGAGGAGAAAACUGCUCGAAGUCUUGAGGCAACUCGGUGACGUCAAAGACUCGCUGCAGCGCAGAGAGCUGCUAGUGAACACGCCGCCACAAAAUAUUGAGGACUGCUGCUGUCUGUCGGCGUUACGAUGCUUCCGGGCCAGCUUGCACGUGCAAUUCAACUUGACGGAAAGAAAGCAAAACAAACUUUACCGCAGCCUCAAGCACCCAAUCACUGAGAGAGGUCUUGACUUAUGCAAAUCAGGAAAUGCUGUGGCCACCUGCGCAACGUGUGAUUCGCAUCCGAAGACAACUGCUCGAGAAUUUGUCAACAGACUGGAGUCUCUUAUUCAAAAGGCUAUCAGCAGACUGAGCGUCAACUGAGCAGACAGCAAGUUCAAGUCCCGAAUAGAAAAAGAAGACACUAUGCUGAAAAGACGCCCCAAAACAAGCUGCAGUCUUCUAUUUAUUUAACUUAUUUAUUUAUUAUUUUGAGACGACGGGUUCCCAAAAAAAGCUGCUUUAUCGCCCUCUGGUGGGCUUGGCAUUUGGUCUGCUUCCAUGUCAAAUGUGUCAUUCAUUUCAAUGUGAGAUUCUACCAUAACGACAGAUGUGAUUUAUACUAUGUAUAAUAGCAUCUUGUCGAAGGUUACC